AUGAAAAAAUUCACCGCUUUAUUCCUUUCAUCAGUUGUCGCUUUAGUCAGCGCUCAAUACCCAUCAAUUCCACUCCAAUUCACUUCACAAGUCACCAUCAAUGUCCAAUCACUCUUCCCAAUGCCAGAAGUUUCUGGUUUUAUGUCAUAUGAUUAUGCUGCCCAAACACAAAGAAUUGACUCAAAAGACCCAAAUUUCGGUUCAAUCACCACCACUUUAGAUCGUUAUGAUUUAGGUAACUCAUACACCUUUGUUCAAGGUCAAUCACAAUGUGAUUGCCAACCAGUCCAAGGUAAAAUGCCAAAUUACCAAAUUCUUCCAGGUGCUGCCUACAAAGGACAACAAACUGUUAACGGUGUUAAUGCCGAUACUUGGGAAUAUGGUUUAAUCCCAGGUGCUAACAUCACUGUUUACACCAGCGGUAAUAAUUUAGUUGAAUCACAAAUGACCGUUAAUAACAUGGGUAUGGAAAUGAUCACCACCAUGGACUUCAACACUUUCACUCCAGGUCCAAUCCCAUCAUCAACCUUUGCCGUCCCAUCAUUCUGCUCAGGUGCAUGCCCAACUCCAGCUCCACCAGCUACCCCAGCUCCAAAUGCCUGUCCAGGUAACCCACCACAAGGUUGUGAAUGUCCAAGUAUGUUAUCAUUCUGCUCAGGUGUUAACUACCCAGUUACUUCCACUUUCGGUGCUGAUGAUGUUGAUACAAUGGCUGCUUCAAUGAUCAAUAGUUUCAGUGCUUUACAACCAGGUCCAACUCAACAAUGUGUUGCUCAAACUAAAGCUUUCAUCUGUGCCACUUUAUUCCCACUCUGCACUGGUUCAAUUGUCCCAGUUCUCCCAUGUCCAUCACUCUGUCCAACUUCCUGUGGCGAUGUUUCAUCAUCAAACAACACCUGUGCUGCUGCUCUCCCAUCAAACAUUUGCACCAACUACCAAGAUUAA